AUGAAGCGCGGCAGCAAGGCGGGCUCGUCCAACGAGCCCUUCCCAAACAGCCCAAACAGCCCUGAGGAAGAUGAGGAGGACGAGGAGGCGCCAUUGCUAAGUCAGGAGAAGCUCCAGAAGCCCCAGAAGCCCAGCAACUCGCUGAGUGCCUCUGUUCGCGAUGGAUUUGGCCUGGGGCCGUACAUCGAGAAGUUGGAGUCUAACUUCGGCUACGAGCUGCUGGUGAUGCUGUUUGUCUCCCAGCACCUGAUGAAGGGUUUCGUGAACGAGUUCACAAAUCCCUGCAUCAACUUCCUCUACGGUGGAUACAAAGUGGCCGGCCCACAGAUGCAAGUCUAUCGAGGAGUAACGCACCUUCCUUGGGCCAUGAAGCCCAUGAUUGGCUUGCUGAGCGACACCAUGCCGAUCAUGGGCUACAACAAAGCUCCCUAUAUUCUUCUGGUGGCUGUCCUGGGAUCUGCAGCCACGGCCUGCAUUGGCUCAGUGCCGCAAAGCCAGCUGACAAUCACGAGCCUCGUCUUCUGCCUUUUCCUGAUCCAGCUGCAGCUCUCUACCACGGAUUUGCUGACAGAGGCCAAAUAUGCGGAGAAGAUGCAGACCAAACCCAAGGAAGGCCCAGCCCUGAUGUCCUACGUGUGGUUUGGCCUGCAAUGCGGAGGGCUUGUGGCCAUGCUUAUGGUUGGUCCCAUCAUGUCCCACUUUGGGCCGAAGCUCCCUUUCUUGGUGGUCUUGGUGCCCUCCAGCAUCAUUGUGGUGCCCCUGAUGAAGGGCUACCUCCAGGAGCGCAAGCUGACCUUGGAGGACAUCCGGGCCAUGCGCGCCAGCAUCUUCAAGCAGAGGGAGGCCUGCGCGCUGUGCCUUUUGAUGAUGGCCGCGACGCUGGCUUUGACAAUCGUCGGCACCACGCUGCAGAAUGUCCGAGUCAAUGCCAUUGCCUCGGUGCUGGUCGCCGUGGUCAUCAUCACCGCGUUCAGCAUCCUCCUUCGGCCGGAGAUCGCCAAGGUCAACGCUUUCUUCUGCUUACAGACCGCCGUGAACUUCUCGGUGGGCGGUGCAUCCUUUUACUUCUACACGGACACGUACGAGCAGUACCCUGAGGGGCCCCACUUCUCCAAGGUCUUCUACACCACGGUUCUGGGUGUCACGGGCUCGGUCUUCUCCCUGCUGGGCAUCUACACCUACCAGCGAUAUGCCAGCGAUUGGAGCUUCCGCCACCUUCUUCUCGUCAGCAACCUGGCGCUCUGCUUCCUGAGUGUCACCGAUGUGGUUUUCUUCCUGCGCCUCAACACACGGAUUGGCAUUCCAGAUCAUGCCUUCAUCCUGGGCAGCAGCGUCUUUGCCACCAUCUUAAGCCAAUGGCAGUGGAUGCCAGGCGUUGUCAUCUUGUCCCAGCUUUGCCCUCCCGGCCUGGAGGCCACGAUGUAUGCCCUCCUGGCGGGCUGCCACAACUUGGGAGGCACCAUCGCCUCCUCGACCGGCGCAUUUAUGUUGGAGUGGCUGGAGGUGCAGCCGUCGGGCGCCAAGAUGGAGUCGGCUCAGUUCAAGAACCUCUGGGUCGCCUCCGCCAUCUCCUCGGUGCUUCCAGCACUGGUGCUCCUGCUCCUGCCCUGGCUGAUUCCAGAUCGGAAGCAGACGGAGAAGCUACUGAAGGAUGGCGACGUGAGUGUCACAGAGGGCUCCAUCUGGAGGACCAAUCAAGCGGCGUGGCGGCAGCCACCUUUUCCGGUUGCACGUGUGAUCACGCGUGAUCACACGGUGAUCACCUGUAUACACUCGACUUGUGUACAGCUGUGCAUAUGGGCCUUAGAGGGGAGUUCAAAGCAGCAGCGCGUGAUGGACUCAGAACUGAAACUGCCGGCCUUGCCGAAGAGGCUCUUCUACGUCGCGAUGACGCGCGCCAGGGACCACCUUGUGCUGUCUUUCUCGCUGCGUCAUGACUCCGGACAGGCCGCCGAGCCAUCUCGCUUUCUCUUCGAGACAGGGGCUUUGAGUGGAAGAGCUGUGGCUGCUGCGACCUCCGUGAUCGCUUGCCCGGGAAACUUGUGCCGGCCGCAAGCGCUCGUGGACAGCCUGCCCGAAGCGCCGCCACAUGCGCCGGCGCUGCCAAAGGCAGCGACGACCACCACCGGGGCGAUAAAAGCAACAAGAUGCGAGAGCAAGGGUCUCGAGGAUAUCCAGGUUGAGCCGGCCUCGACAAAUGGCAUGGCUGGCAUCGCUGAGACGGAGACUACAUGCCCUGUGACCGGGGCCGUUGCAAUGAUCGAAGACAGAGAUGAAGUUGGCCAAGUUGAAUUCGAUACAGAAGGUGCCUCCAGCGCCUCGUGGAUCUUUCUAGCACGACAGGCCGAGGAGGAGCUUUGCCGCCAUAUCUUUGGAGAUGAUGUGGUUGAUGCAUGUUGA